UGGGAUCUUUUUAGUUCCUGGACUCAUCAUUCCGUUCACACGAGCUUGCAACCAUGGCUUCUGAAUUCAUAGGCUACAAUGUCCUGGUAACUCUCCGAGCACCACCAGACGCUACCGUCCAAGGUGUGGUUGCGGAUGUCAUCGGCCAGCGCCUGAUGCUUCGAGAUGUUACUUUGUCGUGGAUUGGCUACCGACUACCAACAUACUCCAUUGAAGCUCCAGACAUCGCCGAUCUUUCCUUGGGACCGUCAGAUAGACCAAGCGCGCAAGCCUCGCACGUUUUGCAAGAAAAGCAGAGCCUUGGAACUCCAUACGCAGUUCAGCAACCUUUUGUGGACCCCGCAAUUUUGAGCUUCUCGAAACCAUCGAGUGAGGCCCACGCGAGCGUACAACCCCAAGCCGGCUUUACAGAAAGUUCAGGCGCUCGGCAGCUUCCCACGUCACAGGAUACGUCCCAAGUUACGUCUCAGGCAACGCCAGCCACUUUGGCCGAGCCAUUCAGUAACCUAGAGUUGAACGUGGGCAACAGGUCCACACCGCAAGCAGAGGAGCUACAAGGUCCUCUUUCGCGUGUGGUCGAAGAGUCUCCUGUUUCCGCCAGUCGCUUUGGAACGACCCGUGGUCGCCGUGGGGGGAAGCAGAAAGAUCCGAGUGUCUACAAUGAGCAUGACGGCGCACUCAACACAAACCCCAAGAGCAAAGGGUGGCGCCAGACUGCGUUCGUAGAACCAUCUAAUCCAAGUUUGUUGGACUCCCCACAGUCGUACAAGGAGACGGGCACACUCAAUGGCAAACGGCGGAAGAAGAAGAGCAGAGGCUACCCUGCACAAGUCAGUGGCUGGGCCACCGAAGAAGCAACAGAUAUCCAGGAAAUGGGCGACUUUGAUUUUGCAAGUAACCUCUCCAAAUUCGAUAAAAGACGUGUUUUUGAAGAGAUCAGGAAUGACGACACAACCGCCGAUGAAGAACGAUUGGUCAGCUUCAACAGGAGAGUACCAAAGCCUGGGACCAAUGGAGGCCGGAACUUACACUGGUCCGAGAACGUCCUCGAUGACAGCCUCGAAGAGAGUGAUAAUGAAGCUACGAACCAUGAACCAAGUGAUGCCAAGCUUAGUAGUGGAACAAUUUCCGGACGUGACGCAUCGAAGCUGUCAACCCGCGGCCGAGGGUCUCGGAAAGGGAGUGCUAUAUUUGGACAACCACUUAUUCCAACACAGCUGAAUACCAUUGGGCGCAGUCAAUUGAGCAACUCCCGUACGAAAUCAAGCAGCCCGCUUCCUACGAAAACGCACGUUUCGGCAUCACCAGUUACCGGUAUUAGUGCAUCUAGCGCCACGUUACGGCUUGCUACUACAAACAGAAGCUGUCCAGCUGUCAGCCCUCUGCAGAUUCUCGAAGUUGAGCAGCUAGCAAUCGGCGAAGUUGGUCUGACUGAGGAUAUGAUUACGGAGAAUGCGGGACGGAGUAUUGCCGAAGCGGCCGUUGGCCUUCUCUCGAGCGAUGCCGCUGCACCUACUAUCUUGGCACUAGUUGGAAACCAUCGGACUGGAGCGAGAGUCAUUUCUUCUGCUCGCCAUCUGCGGAACCGUGGCCAUCGUGUUACCGUAUGCAUGCUGGGGGUGGAACAAGAGGUUGAGCUGCUUGAGAGCUGCCGUAAGCAGGUUGACAUCUUCAAGAAGAUUGGGGGCCGCUUCCUCAAGUGGGAAGAGCUUUCUUCGAGACUCUCAACUUCUGAAUUUGCACCUGAUUUAGUUCUGGACGCUCUGCUCGGAAUACAUCUUCCUUUCAACGACCUGCGAACUGAUGAUCAAGCCACAGCCUUUGAGAUGAUAUCCUGGAUUAAUCGAAGCGGACUUGACACGCUAUCUGUGGAUGUCCCAUCCGGCCUAUCCGCAACUACUGGAGAAGUAACGGUUGUUGAAAGCGGGCAGUUGCGUGUCAACUCAAAGUCGAUAGUCAGCCUCGGAGCGCCCAAGACUGGGCUUGUUAACGCCCUUCUCGCUGGAGAGGGAGCCUCCUGGAACCUCACCGUCGCGGAUAUUGGAAUUCCCCAAAUAGCCUGGCGCAAAUUCGGCACGCGCCGACGGCACGGAAUCGACUUUGGUAACCGAUGGGUUGUGUCGCUGCGCUACCAGCCCUCUGUCGUCUAGUAGCUGUUUCCCUGGACGACUAUCUAACGAUUAUUGGAUGAAAAGACAUUGAGGCGUUGUGGUAGAGAAAACACUCUGACUUUAUCUUUAGCGCGGUAUAUGGUUUGUCUCUUUGGCCAUCCCCUUGUAUGACUUAUUUCUAGGCUUUACUCGCUCCUGCUUUAGAUCAGCCUUAGCUUGAUUUACAUGAUGUAGC